AUGCAGCAUGGAGUGCGGGGCGAAGCCACGCCACAAGACCUUGCAACACAGCAAGGGAUCAACGCAGGCUCGAAUCUGUAUGCAUACAUUGACCAUGAACGGGUGUGGGGUGUAAAUAUCGAGCCGCCCGAGUCUGCCAAAAAGGCAUGCAAGCCGUGGGACGAACGACAAUCCCUGGAGACGUGGAUUGAAAGCGGCGUGGAUGACCAGAUGAUCCUGCAUGUGCCUUUUACUUGUCCUGUAUGCAUAGAGAGUAUACUGCUCUAUCCAGGCCGGAGUGAUCUGAGCGUUCGACGAUGCGCAGCCUUUGUCAAUCGUCCUAACGGCAUCGAUUUUGACGAUGCGCUUGCUGUGUUAGAUGGGCGACUUGGCCCAGCAUCUACCGGUCGAGCCCAAGCCGACUUUGCCCUGCUGCCCGGUGCCACGGACGUCACGGCGUACCCUGUCAGCGUAUCGCGCUUUUCUCAUACCAGCAGCGUGAGUCUAUUGCUGCUCGACUCACUGGCUCACACAUCCUCACGCAUGUACUAUGUGGGCUUUAUUGGCAAGGCACUCGACCCCCGGUCGGAUACGCUGCACCGGCACGACGUGCCGGCAGAGACGUCGGCCACACACAAAGUGGAUGGCGUCGGAAGUUUUUUGGGGGCAGCAAGCACACCGAGUGUACGGUAG